AGGAUGCUGCCAAAGGAGAUUAGCAUUUGAAUAAGUGGGCUAGGGAAGGCAGACCCACCCUUAAUCUGGUGGGCACAAUCUAAUCAGCUGCCAGCAAAUAUAAAGCAGGCAGAGAAAUGUGAACGGUUGAGACGGGCCUGGCCUCCUAGUCUACAUCUUUCUCCCCUGCUGGAUGCUUCCCACCCUCGAACAUCAGACUCCAAGUUCUUCAAUUUUGGGACUCAGACUGACUCUCCUUGCUCCUCAGCUCGCAGACAGCCUAUUGUGGGACCUUGUGAUCAUGCUUUCUUAGUUGAGCUGUCUUCCUGAGGUUGUUUGGAGCCGUUGCGUCAUGGAUAUAGAACCCCCUAAAGCCAGUCCCAACAAGCUUGCACUGAACAUCAAGAAGCCUGACAAGUCCUUCAAAUGCAAGAAGCCCACCCAAAAUGUGCUGGUCUUUUUAAUCAACAGACAACUGGGCAGGCACAGAAGUGACAUCGACCUGUCAAAAUGGGUAUGGAUGCUGUCAUAAAGCAACUCCAGGGUGAACAUGGCCUUGGACAAAAAGUCAUGUGGCUUAUGUGCUGAGACCUGCCCAGAAUUUUGAGGCAUUAAUUACAAUUAGAACAAUAAACUCCUCCCAUGUUUGAGCUAUUAAAA